AUGCACAAAUAUCGUCGCCAGGCGAAGUAUGCCGCCUGGUAUGACAGCCCAAACGACGCUUCGAACUUUCGAAUCAGGAAUCCCUUUGCGAAAUGGCGACCCGAUUCUCGUAGCAACACACUGAACAAGCUGGAGAAUGGUCAAGGCGCGGGAGUGGGCGAGGGCGAGGGCGAGGGCGCUGGCCCUCCGUUGAGGCCGAUUCUUACAGAUGACCCAAACGACUACAGACUGUCAACUCCAGUAGCAGAUCGAAGUCAUGAAAACGGUGCAAACUUAUCGGCGCGGCAUGCUACGACUGACCCCAGUGCCACAUCAGCUACGCGAUCUUACCCUCCAGGCGACGCCCUGAAUAUCCCCCGCUCCACCAGCCCGGCAUCAGCGAUACAAGAGGAGCCUGACCAUGAGAGACUCGAGGACGGAAAGAGUAGUGACACUUUCAUAAAUGGCACCCGUGUCACCUCGCACGACAGCAACCCAGUUCGCAAUCGCGCUACCGGCGAGAAACAGGAAAAAAAGGGGUUGCGGAAGCUGUUUAGCAAAAAGAGCGAAGAAGUGGACCACGACAAUGGCAAGGUAAAGAAGCAAUUCACUGCCUCGAGCCAGAUCCAUGCCACCCUGUUCAAUUCAUGGAUCAAUGUCCUUCUCGUCUUCUCUCCACUCGGCAUCGCCGUCUACUACGCCGGUAUCAAUAAGGUGGCAGUAUUCAUUAUCAACUUCAUCGCCAUCAUCCCUUUGGCAGCUAUGCUGAGCUACGCCACCGAAGAAAUUGCCCUUCGAACCGGAGAAGUCAUUGGUGGUUUGCUCAAUGCAUCAUUUGGUAACGCCGUCGAGCUGAUCGUGUCAAUCAUCGCCCUGGUCAAGAACCAGGUUUUGAUCGUCCAGACUUCUCUCAUUGGCAGCAUGCUGUCCAAUCUCCUGCUAGUCAUGGGCAUGUGCUUUUUCUUCGGUGGAAUCAACCGCGUUGAGCAGGCCUUCAAUAUGACUGUCGCUCAGACAGCCUCCAGUCUCCUCUUCCUGGCUGUUAGUAGCUUGAUCAUUCCUACGGCAUUCGAGCAGUGGGCAAGAACAGGGACCACCUCCAGCACUACCGACAGUACAACCCCCAAACCAGGUGUCGCGGCUUUGAGCAGAGGAACCGCCAUCCUUCUGCUGAUCGUCUACGGCUGCUACCUCUUCUUCCAACUCAAGAGUCACGCAAAGAUGUAUAACAAACCAAGUGAAAAGAACGAGACUCGAGACGUCGGUUCGAGGUUCAAGAACGCCGUCAUCCCUGAAAAGCUGCGCCGCAGAACACCCGAGGAACGAGACGCCGCCGUCCCCGAGCCGGUCGAUGACGGACCAGAGGAGCCCCAGCUCUCCAUCACGGUGGCACUUCUCACUCUGGCCAUCUCAACUGUGCUGGUGGCGUUGAAUGCCGAGUACCUCGUCGACUCUAUUGACUCGAUCACUUGUGGGGGCGGCAUUUCCAAGAAUUUUGUCGGUCUCAUCCUAUUACCAAUUGUCGGAAACGCUGCCGAGCACGCCACUGCAGUCACCGUGGCAGUCAAGGACAAGAUGGAUUUGGCCAUUGGCGUCGCUGUGGGAUCCAGCAUGCAAAUUGCCCUUCUGGUUUUGCCCUUCGUCGUGGUCCUGGGCUGGAUUAUUGGCAAAGACGAUAUGACCUUGUUCUUUGACGGCUUCCAAAUCGCCGUCUUGUUCGUGGCGGUCUUGCUGGUCAAUUACUUGAUUCAAGAUGGGAAAUCUCAUUGGUUGGAGGGGGUCUUGUUGAUGUCUCUGUAUAUCAUUAUUGCGGUGGCUGCUUGGUUCUAUCCUACUGCCCCAGGUCUCAGUGACUGCCCCGGGCAAUAA